UAACACACAGUAGGCACGGGCGUCCGAGAGAUGCAUGCAAAGUGUGAGCGGCGAACCGCAAGCGGGCGCGAGAGGAUCCUUAAUCAGCGCCUACUUGCUGAUACACGUUGUACAAAGCCCAGCCUUCCUCCCCCAUUGUUGCAACAAAAGUGAUUGUAUUGUGUUUGUGUUGUGUGCGUCAUUAUUGGUAGUCAGUGCCAGUGUGUUUAUAAACCGAUUUGGAGCAAAACCCACAGCACCCGGGAUUAUCUCAGGAGGCGCCCCGGUGAACGCAAAACCAUGAACGGACCAUCUUCCACAACCAGCGUCCUCUGCAGUGAUCUGCCACAGUAAAAACAAUGUAUGAUGGAACAAGGCAUUCUGACCUCAGUUGUGCCGACGCCGAAAACUCUAAGCUACCAGCGGUACACGGCCGCUCUCCAGAAUGACUUACGAUGUUCUCAAGAGGUAGCCCUAGGACGGCGUAUCGGGCUGUACCGGUUCUGCGGCGACAUCGGCCGGGGCAACUUCUCGCGUGUCAAACUCGCUGUUCAUCAAUUAACCAAAGAUAAGGUCGCCAUCAAGGUGGUGGACACCAGCCGUCUCGAUGCCAAGGCGUUGCGUAUGCUUUCGCGCGAAGUAAGCACGCUCGAGUGCGUGUAUCAUCCUUUCAUUCUAAGACUGUUCGAAGUGAUAGAAACCCUGGGAAAGAUCCAUCUCAUCAGCGAGUGGGUCCAGGGUGGUGAGCUGUACAAUCGCAUCACGGAGGUCGGCCCACUGAAGGAACCCCACGCGGCCCUUCUUUUCCAGCAGUUACUGUUGGCUGUGAAACACUUGCAUAGUCUGGGGUUUGUGCACCGUGACAUCAAGGCCGAGAAUGUGUUGCUCGUAAGCGAGGAGCGCAUCAAGCUGGCCGAUUUUGGCUUCAGCACGCAGCUCGUCAACGGUCCGUGGCAGCAUUUGGACACGUUCUGCGGGUCCCCGCCGUAUGCCGCACCGGAACUAUUCAGCGACGAUCACUACAUCGGCGGGCCGGUGGAUGUCUGGGCGCUCGGCAUCCUGCUCUACUUCAUGCUGGAAGGCGGCAUGCCUUUCAAGGCCCCGACCGUGCCACUGCUGCGGACGGCCGUUCUGAAGGGCGAAUUCGUCAUCUCCACGAGCCUCAGUCUGCCGUGCUGUCGCGUAAUACAGCGCAUUCUGGUGCACACCCCUUCACGGCGGCCCACGAUCGAGCAGCUCCUGGAGUGCCAAUGGUUCAAGUACGCAGCGGAUCAGGCCGCGCACACAAACCGCAACAGCGGCCGCCAGCAAUCCCAGAGCCCCCGCCCGAAGGACAACAGUACAGCCAACAACCAAACCCGCAACGGUCACGUUCCUAGGCGGCGGAAGAAACUGUUUUGGUUCCUUCCGCUACCGGUGCGCGAUCGUCUUUCCUCGCCCGAAUCGGGCACCAGUCGUGAUAAUCUUAGUGCUGCCAACCACCACCCAAAUCAUCGUAACCACAACAACAAUCAGCGUAACGUACAUCGACAUUCCCAGCGCCAUCAGCGGCCCCUGACGGUGUCGUCCGCCACGAAGUCGUCCGCUUCGCGCGACGAACCGCCCGGUGGUGCCGCCGAGGUACCACCCCAAUCUCGCACUAUCGCUUGCAACACCAAACGGGCCGCCAGCGUGCUGGAGGAAGGGUUUCUGCACCCGCUCAAACUGGAACCGGCUGUCGCUGGCGAUGGUACGGAUGUAACGAACGAUGUGUCAAAUAACAAUAUAAGUAGUAGCUAUAACUCGAACCAUUACAAUGGCGGUGACCAGCCAGCCAAUGGCCACAGCAAGGAAAGUGGACCCCCCGGAACCGUGGUGGAGCAGCGCGUCAAACCGCGGCGCUUUUCCUUCGGUCGAACGCUGAAAAAACGGAUCGGGCCGAUGGAGCUCGUUUCGACGGAAAGCCUGGCCGGUCCCGAGACGGCAGCGGUCGGUGGGGGCCGUACGCGUGCGCUGGAUCUGCGCGAAAAGCUACACCGCACGAUCGACGAGGAGCACGGCAAGUUCGUGAUGUACCCAACGACGGCGGUUUCGUCCGAGGGCGACCGCCAUCUGCACACACUGGAAGCGGAAACGCGCCGGCUGAUGAACCUGCUCGGCAUCAACGGUGACAUGAUAGCGCGAGCGGUCGCGAAUGGACCACGCAGUGACAUUAUCGGCGUGUACCGGAUCAUCAUGCACCGGUUGCAGCGGGAGCAAGCGCACUCCCGGCUGGCGGCGGUAGCGGCGGCCAGCGGUAACGGAAGUUCGUUCGAGUUUUUGGAACUGAAACCGAUCAACGUACGUGCGGGAUCCGGAGCCAGUUCCGGUGGAGGGCGCUCAAAAGAUGGUGGUACCACCGCCAACAACAGUCCACGACAUAUCGGUCAGAACCAUGGGCGAACCAUGUGUGCCAUUCUGUGAGCACCGCAGAGCAACCAGCCAAUUAUGUGAUAAUCCUCUCGGAUCGCAUUCGGAUCUGUUCCAACGCAAUCCUUUUAGCAGCCUAGUCGUUCGAAACGUUCCAUUUUUGCGGAGAAGAAAAUAAAAAUACCAGACCACCAGGCCACCAUUGUGCGACAAGCGAGGGAGCAGAGCAUACUCAAGUACCACUCGCGCGUCUCUCGAUGCGCUAGUAGACCACAAAUUACUGAAUACUUUUUAGCACGGAAAGACAGACGUUGUUGUUAGUUGUUAGGUUCCCUGUCUCUCUUUCUCUCUCUGGCUCCCUCUUUUUCUCCUAAUCCCUUGUGCACUCCAAUCCCUUGGCUUGGCCGAUGGCCAUGAUGUAUCCGGCGUGCAGCGUGCUGCGUCCAAAUCGAUAGUGUUAGCGGCUUAAUCAAAAUUUAUGAAACAAAACGGAACCAAAGUCAGCACGCCGAAGGCCCCGCUGCGAACCGUGUACUGUGCUAGCUUUAAUUAUUUAUUUCCGGAAAUACUCGAUAGAAUGGAAGAUGGGUUGUCUUUCCGCGCGCAGAGAGCGACAAACUCGCACAGUUACCUGUUGUGGCUGUUUUCUUGUGUUAGUUUACUUCUACGCCAAAAAGGUGCAAACCAUCAUCCAUGAUAGAAAAGCGAGCGCGCAAGUCAACGAAC